GUUUGAGUGUGGUAGCAAUGGAUUUCAAAAACCUUUCUCCAAUGGAACAUGUAAUUAUCGCCACAUUGUAUAGUUGAACCGUAUCAUUCGCAAUGGCAGAUGACAGUGACAGAGCCAAGAUUCAGGAGAGCAUAAAACUCCAAGGGGAAGUUGUUCGAAAACUUAAAGAAUCAAAGGCAGACAAGGAAAUCGUUGCAGAAGAAGUAGCCAAAUUAUUAGCUUUGAAAGCUCAAUUGAACGAUGGAGAAACAUCUGGUAAAAUUACUCUUAAGACCCCAAAAGGUACCAGAGACUAUGGUCCGCAACAAAUGGCUCUUAGAAACUCUGUACUUAAUAAGAUUGAGACUAUUUUUAAACUACAUGGUGCUGAGACGAUAGAAACCCCUGUUUUUGAACUUAAAGAAAUUCUUACUGGCAAAUAUGGAGAAGACUCAAAGUUGAUCUAUGAUUUGGCUGAUCAGGGUGGUGAAUUCUUAGCACUCAGAUAUGACCUAACAGUACCUUUUGCCAGAUAUUUGGCCAUGAACAAAGUUACUAAUAUUAAAAGGUAUCAUAUCGCCAAAGUAUAUAGGAGAGAUGCCCCCUCUUUUACCAAAGGCCGCUACAGGGAGUUUUACCAGUGUGAUUUCGAUAUAGCUGGAAAUUACGAUGCCAUGCUUCCUGAAGUUGAAUGUUUGAAAAUUGUUUCUGAGGCAUUAGAUGCAGUAAAAAUUGGAAAAUAUGUAAUUAAGGUGAACCAUCGGCUCCUUCUAAACAGCAUUUUUGAAGUAUGCGGUGUUCCUACUGAUCUUUUCAGACCCGUUUGUUCUUCUGUUGAUAAACUUGACAAGCUACCAUGGGAAGAGGUGAAAGCUGAAAUGAUGACAAAGGGAUUAUCAAGUGAUAUAGCCGAUAAAGUUGGUGAAUUCAUCAAACAAAGUGGUGAUCGCACCCUGCUCAAUAGUUUGAAGGAAGGUCCUUUGGGAUCCAGCAGCUCUGGUCCUAAAGCACUAUCUGAGCUAUCAUUAUUGGCGGAUUACUUGGAAUUAUGUGGGAGUGUAAAUGAGAAAGUUGUCUUUGAUCUGUCACUGGCGAGAGGUCUCGACUAUUACACAGGAAUAAUAUACGAAGCUGUUAUUAAUGAUAAAGAAGUCGGAUCCGUUGCUGGAGGUGGUCGAUAUGAUAAUCUUGUUGCAAUGUUUGACCCCAAGAGUCGUGGUGUUUCCUGUGUUGGAGUAUCAUUAGGAGUUGAGAGGAUCUUUUCCGUUCUGGAGGCUAAAGGUGAGAAGUACCGAACAACAGAUGUGCAGGUUUAUGUGGCCUCUGCCCAGAAGGGUUUGGUUAAAGAGAGACUUAAGCUGACUUCAAUGUUGUGGGAUGCUGGCAUUAAUACCGAACAUUCCUACAAGGGCAAUCCUAAGCUUUUAUCACAACUGCAGUAUUGUGAAGAGAAUCAAAUUCCAUUGGUAAUAAUCUUGGGGCAGGAUGAAAUUAGCCGUAGCGUGGUGAAAGUCCGUAAUGUUACCACGCGGCAAGAAGAGGAAGUACCCUGUGGAGAAUUGAUAAAUUAUUUGUUAGCCAUGAUAACUAAAUUGUCGGUUACAUGAAUUUCAACAGAAGUGAACAAUUCAUCUUCAUUGAGACAUUUACUUUACUUAUAGAUUUCAUCGACAUUUUAUUUAUUUUAUUGAUUUAUCUCGAAUAUUCUUUUUCUACUCUUACAUUUUGUGCUUCAUUUUUAUUGAAAGUAUGUUUAUAAAGUAUUCAUGUCUCCUAAUUAUGUGUACCUUUCUCCACUUCAACAAAAAUUCAAGUAGCAAUAUUGAUAAAUAAUUAUUUUCUUCUGGGAAAAGUAAUAUAUUCAAUGUUUUAUCAUUUAUAAAUUAUUUAAGUAUGUUACAACCUCUUUUUAUUAUAAAAUGUCCUGUUGUAUUGCUGAUUCUAAAAGCUAACAAUUUAUUUUUUUAAUUGUUGAAGUGGUGCACUAAACACUUAAUUUUAGUUACUAUUUAUUUAUAUCGAUACUGAAUAUACACCUCAUGAUUCUGCCACAUUAGAGAGCUCUAUACCAUGUUUUUAUAUACCAUUACGGCACAAAAUAACAUUUUGUUAUUUAGAUCAACAAUUUUACUUACCAAUAAUAUUAGUAAUUUAUUUAAAUACUGUGAUAAAUAUUUUUUUUUAUCAUUGACUAUUAUUUGUUGAGUUCUUGUUUUAAGGUUUCUUUAUAUUCAUUACUAAUUUAACACCAUUUUUUAAAGGUUAUGAUUUUUUUUUCCUUUUUUCAACUUUUUAAGAAUUAAAUACUAGACAUCUUUGUUAUUUAUUUAUAUUACAAUGUAUGAUUUUAUUUGUUAUUUUGUAUAAGAAUUCCUAAAAGAAUAAUUUGGUUGUUACUUGUUUUUAUUUCUUUACUUGAACAUUGUUUCCUAUAUUUAUGCAUUUAAGUUUGGCAAUAAAGUAAUGUUUUUGAUAA